AUGUCCGCGCGCUCGCUUGUAUCGCGUUUGAUUCCACCGCUUGCGGCGCACUAUCAUAAGGGACAGCAAGGUCGUAUUGGUGUCAUCGGCGGGUCGUUUGAGUACACAGGCGCUCCGUUUUAUGCUGGAAUUUCGAGUCUCAAGACAGGAGCAGAUCUAUGUCAUAUUUUCUGUGUCGAGGAAGCUGCUAUACCUAUCAAGAGCUACAGUCCUGAACUCAUUGUGCACCCGCUACUGCGCUCAGACGCGGCAUUGAAAGGAUUCGAGGAGUCGAAACGAGCUGAGAUCUUGGCUAAUGCAGUAAAGAGAAUUGCACAAAUUUUACCGAGACUUGACUCUCUAGUGAUUGGCCCUGGACUUGGGCGAGAUGAAAGUGUGCAAGAGAUUACUCGACAAGUGAUUGUGAAGGCUAAAGAGGCUAAUUUACCGUUAAUUUUGGACGGAGAUGCACUUUACCUUGUUAGCUUGGAACCGAACGUGGUGAAGGGCUAUAGAAAUGCAAUUCUCACACCAAAUGGAAUGGAGUAUGCACGACUUUGUGUCACUAUGGGACUACUUUCGAGCUUCGAUACUCAACAGGCAGCAAAGAUUCCACCGGCCCAGCUUAGCGAGGCCUUAGGAUAUCCAGUGAUUCUGCAGAAGGGCAAUGUCGAUACAUUCUCUGACGGCACAAUCACUCUAGUGAAUGCAGAAUUCGGUUGUCCACGUAGGUGCGGUGGACAAGGAGAUAUCCUUUCAGGAGCUAUUGCAACUUUUGCAGCUUGGACUAAGCAAGCGGAUCUGGAUGAUAAUGAUGGCAAUAUUCUGUUAUUAGCUGCUUAUGGAGGCUCUCUUGUGACGCGAGCCAGUUCAAAAUUCGCGUUUGACGAGCAUCAGCGCUCGAUGACAGCUCCUGACGUCUUGCGCAGCCUUAGCAAAGGCUUUGUCAAAGCCUUUCCUGACUCAUCUAUACAGUCUUGA